AUGGCAAACGGCAAAAAGACUCAAGAUGAACGAAAAUCUUUAUAUAUUUUUUCUUUUAUGCCUUCUUGGUUCAAUUCUAAAUUCCUUUCUUUUAUUUCUGGUUUAUACGUUUUUAUUCUUUCUUUUCAUUUUUCUGCCCCUGAAAAGACAUGCGACUACUUUCUUUCUCUUUUUUAUUUUUAUUUUGGUUACUUUUCUUUCUUUCUUUCUUUCUUUCUUUUUUUCAUUCUUUCUUUCUUUUUUUCUUCUUUUAGAUAUUUCUUUCUUUCUUUCUUUUCUUUUGAUUUUAUUCUUUUUCUGUUUCUUCUUUCUUUCUUUCUUUCUUUCUUUUUUUUCUUACCUGCGUUUCAUUUAAUUUCCUCUUCCCUCAUGCAUGAUGCUUCCCCCUCUCUUUCUCCGAUUUCUUCUUACUCAGUCUUUCUUAUCAUCAUUCAGUUCAUAUCUAUCUAUCUAUCUAUCUCUAAUCUUUAUCUACCUCUUUCAUUCUGUCUAUCUAUCUAUCUAUCUAUCUAUCUAUCUAUCUCUUUCAUUCUGUCUAUCUAUCUAUCUAUCUAUCUAUCUAUCUAUCUAUCUCUUUCAUUCUGUCUAUCUAUCUAUCUAUCUAUCUAUCUAUCUAUCUCUUUCAUUCUGUCUAUCUAUCUAUCUAUCUAUCUAUCUAUCUAUCUCUUUCAUUCUGUCUAUCUAUCUAUCUAUCUAUCUAUCUAUCUAUCUAUCUCUUUCAUUCUGUCUAUCUAUCUAUCUAUCUAUCUAUCUAUCUCUUUCAUUCUGUCUAUCUAUCUAUCUAUCUAUCUAUCUAUCUAUCUAUCUAUCUAUCUAUCUCUUUCAUUCUGUCUAUCUAUCUAUCUAUCUAUCUAUCUAUCUAUCUAUCUAUCUAUCUAUCUAUCUCUUUCAUCUCUGUCUAUCUAUCUAUCUAUCUAUCUAUCUAUCUAUCUAUCUCUUUCAUUCUGUCUAUCUAUCUAUCUAUCUAUCUAUCUAUCUAUCUAUCUCUUUCAUUCUGUCUAUCUAUCUAUCUAUCUAUCUAUCUAUCUAUCUAUCUAUCUAUCUAUCUAUCUCUUUCAUUCUGUCUAUCUAUCUAUCUAUCUAUCUAUCUAUCUAUCUCUUUCAUUCUGUCUAUCUAUCUAUCUAUCUAUCUAUCUAUCUAUCUAUCUAUCUCUUUCAUUCUGUCUAUCUAUCUAUCUAUCUAUCUAUCUAUCUAUCUAUCUAUCUAUCUCUUUCAUUCUGUCUAUCUAUCUAUCUAUCUAUCUCUUUCAUUCUGUCUAUCUAUCUAUCUAUCUAUCUAUCUAUCUCUUUCAUUCUGUCUAUCUAUCUAUCUAUCUAUCUAUCUCUUUCAUUCUGUCUAUCUAUCUAUCUAUCUAUCUAUCUAUCUAUCUCUUUCAUUCUGUCUAUCUAUCUAUCUAUCUAUCUCCUUCUAACUCUCAGCUCAUUUCCCCAAACUUCCUUUCUUCAUUUCCAACCAUUAUCAAGACAGAAAUUCCUUUUUCCCGCGCUAAUCGCUUGCUAAUCCCGUCACUCACGCACACUUCAAGAGGAAAGAACGAUUCAAAAUGGCGGAAGCUUUCUCUCUACGCUUUUCUCUCUCUCUCUCUCUCUCUCUCUCUCUAUCUAUCUAUCUAUCUAUCUAUCUAUCUCUCUCACACACACACUCACACACACACAAGCAUUCAAACGCGCACACGGACAUUCUCAAUUUCACUACCUCAUUUAUACCCAAACAAACCUAAUCAUACUAUCUAUCUAUCUAUCUAUCUAUCUAUCUAUCUAUCUAUCCCAAUUCAUUUUAUUUCACUCUGUUCCUUUUUAAUCUAUCUAUCUAUCUAUCUAUCUAUCUAUCUAUCUAUCUAUCUAUCUAUCUAUCUAUCUAUGUUCAAUAUUAAAACACCGUCACCUUCCGUUCUGCUCAUGGUCUGCUUUCCCCGCCGGACCGACUCUAUUUUCCUCAACAUCCAAGAAAAAUCUUCCUCUUGCAGAGAGCAAAAUCAAUUCCCCUGA